UCCGAAGCGUCGCACAUGUCCAUCAAUCCAUCCACCAUGGGCGCCCCUUUCGACUUCGCGCCUGAGCGGCCAGACCACAUCCAGCAGAUCCUCGAUGGCCUCGAUCGCUACAAUCCCGAGACGACGGGCGUCUUCCAGGACUAUGUCAUGCAACAGUGCGAAAGCCAGACAUACGACUGCUACGCCAACCUCGCCCUCCUGAAGCUCUAUCAGUUCAACCCGCACCUCGCCCGCGACGAGACCAUCACCAACAUCCUCGUCAAAGCCCUCACCGUCUUCCCGGGCCCCGACUUCUCCCUCGGCCUCUCGCUCCUCCCACCUCACGUCCUGGCGCCCCUGUCGUCCUCACUACACAACCCGGCAGCUGGAGAUGCACCGCUGUCAGAAGCCGUCCAGAAGCUGAACGAGCUGCGAAACCUGCUCGAGGGUGCCGACUACUCCGCCUUCUGGUCUACGCUGGACUCGGACGACCUGUAUGCCGACUUGAUUGCCGAUGUCUCCGGCUUCGAGGAGCUGAUGCGCGUACGCAUUGCCGCAACCGUCAGCCAGGCGGUGCGAGAGGUCGACCGAAGCAUUCUCGAGUCGUGGCUGAACCUCCAGGGCAACGAGUUCGAGCACUUCGUUGGAAGCGUCUGCGGCUGGAACGUCGAUGGCGCCAAGAUCAAGGUGCCCAUGAACAAGGACAACGAGGCCAAGGGCACCGUGGUAAGGGAGAACGUCAAAUUCGACCAGUUUGCGAGGGUCAUCAAGAGGGCCUACGAACAGCCUGCAUGAGCCAUACGACUGUAAACAUAACGACACGAGACGACGCUUUGCAUGACCUGAUGGAGCAAAAGGUGGCGGCCGGCGUUUGGAGAGGAACUGGCGACUGUAUCAGCAUGCAAUAAAGGCGUGCGAAGCAUCCUUGGACAG